AUGGCCACUGGCGCGCUCGCGGCAUUGGGGUGUCUCGGGUAUCUCACUGUGAAUGCAACCUACGCAUUAACGGGACAUCCUCUGGCUGGCUUCCCGGGUCCGUCUCUGUGCGCUUUUAGUCGCCUUCCGUUCUGGAUCCAGGUCUUUCAAGGUACUGACGUCCAGUGGAUCCACCAACUCCAUCGCUACUACGGACCAGUGGUACGCUAUGGUCCGAACGAUUUAAGUUAUCUAUCUGCGCAGUCGUGGAGGGACAUCUACGGCCGUCCCAAUGGCAGGCCGACACUUCCUAGGACGGAAGACUUUGCAAUCAAGCCAUGGAAUGGAGUGCCGAGCAUUCUGACGUGUGACGACGAAAAUCAUGCGCGAGUUCGACGCAUCUUUUCUCCGGCGUUCUCCGAACGUGCGCUCCGUCAGCAGGAACCUCUCUUUCAAAAGUAUACCAAACUCCUGCUAGAGACAAUGGAGAACGAUCUGAAGGCCGGGGAGAAGCUUGAGAUGACUCGUUUCCUGACCUUUACUACGUUCGACAUUAUGGCAGACUUAUGCUUUGGGCACCCGCUGGAGCUGCUAUCAAGAAACCAGUGGAGUCCCUGGGUCUCUGCCAUCUUCGACAUGAUCAGGAUGCUACACGUUUCAAUGCUUGUCGACUACUAUCCCAUUCUCGGUUACGUAGUGCGAAAGUUUGAGCCAAAAUGGCUUCGAGACAUGAAGUCGACUCAUUUCAAGCACUCCGCUGAUAGAGUAGACCAAAGACUGAAAGAGGGUACAGAGAAGCCUGAUUUCUGGAAUCUGAUAGUCAGGACUCGAGACUCUGGGGGUGGUCUUAGCCUCGAUGAAAUGCAUUCGAAUGCCGAAGUGUUUAUGCUUGCAGGCACCGAAACCACAGCCACACUUCUUGCCGGCCUUCUGUAUUAUCUCUGCCUCAACCAGAAGAAGCUCCAGUUACUGGUCCAAGAGAUCCGCACCGCGUAUAGUACCAUGGACGAUAUCACCUUUGACAGUCUAAGUAGACUUGAGUACCUUCGUGCAUGCAUCAAAGAAGCGUUGCGCAUGUACCCACCGGGACCUGCUGGCUCUCCUCGACUUGUUCCAGGAGAUGGUCAUUAUAUCGAGGGUCGAUGGGUCUCUGGGGGCACCCGCGUGGUCGUCUCCCCGUACGCCGCUUACCGCUCAGAGAUUAACUUCGCUGAUCCAGACACGUUUGCCCCAGAGCGAUGGCUGAAUGCGGAUCAUGCCGAAGCUGACACGACGGGUAAAUUCGCUGGUGAUAAAGGUGAAGCACUGCAGCCUUUCUCGGUAGGCCCGAGGAACUGCAUUGGGCAGAGUAUGGCGCAUCAUGAGGCCAGGCUCAUCCUUGCAGCGCUCCUCCUACGGUUCGACUUUGAGCUUUGUGAGGAGAGUAAGGCCUGGGCGGAUCAGAAGGCUCACGCGUUGUGGCUGAAAAAGCCACUGUUGUGCCGGGUUACUCAGGCCGUGCAGACGUAG